AUGAGUAGAGAGCUGUUAAAGAAGCCGCUCCGAGGUAAAAUAUGGCAGAUGGUGCAGGUCGCUCUGGUAUCCAAGGGCCCGAAAUGCGUCUCGUGCAGAUGCUAG